GUAGGGGACAGCAUAGUGAGUCAUCUUCAAAAUGGCCACCAUUAGUUUUAGCUGUCGAAGGUUUUUGACAAUUACAAACUAAAUCGCGAGUGCAGUUUUACGCGAUUGAGGGUUUUUUGUGUUACAGUUUUCCGAUAAUACAGGCCUGUUUAAAUCGCGAAGAUUGAAUGAACGCUCUUUCAUCGUUUUGCUGGAUGUGAUCGUGACUGAUCGCGUCUCUCACGAACCGAAGCGCGGAAGUACACAAAGAUACCAUUCGAGUAGCUGUCAAAAAGUUCUUAUGCGGGGACUCGUUGAAUCAACAUAAUUCGUUCGCACAAACGUUGAUGAAUGUCUGAGAGCGAUACUUACGAUUCGGCCGACGAAUAUACGAGUCUCAUGGACGGUCACGUAGCGGAAUCUCGAUCAGAUGACCUGGGGUUGGUCGCGGCGCGGAAAAGGCGUUCGCAACUUAGCAAUGACGAGGUCGAAAACGGUGUACCCGACGUGCAUUUUCAGUCACCAGGUACGUCAAAUAACGCACCUUUAGGGAGAAGAGGUCCUAGCGGUCAAGAUAGAUCCAGAAAUUAUAGAGACGAAGAGGAAGAAGAAUUAAAAUAUGGGGCAGCGCAUGUCAUUAAAUUAUUCGUGCCUGUAUCACUUUGUAUGUUAGUCGUAGUUGCCACCAUUAGUUCUAUACAUUUCUAUACAACCAAAGGAAUAUACUUAUUAUAUACUCCAUUUCAUGAAGAUACUGCAGACGCAAGUACCAAAGCUUGGCAAGCGGUUGCCAAUGCCUUAAUAUUGAUAAGCGUCAUCGCUUUCAUGACUAUGAUACUUAUAGUCUUAUACAAAUAUAAAUUUUAUACAGUAAUCCGUACAUGGUUGAUUAUAAGUUCCUUAUUAUUGUUAUUCAUGUUUUCUAUACUAUAUUGCGAGCAAAUAUUAAAAGCUUACAACAUUCCCAUAGAUUUGUUCACACUAGGUAUAAUCUCGUGGAAUUUCGGAGUUGUUGGUAUGAUAUGUAUACAUUGGCAGGGCCCUUUGCAGUUGCAGCAAGCGUACCUUAUUUUCAUCUCUGCCCUUAUGGCUCUUAUCUUCAUCAAGUAUAUGCCAGAAUGGACAGCAUGGGUGGUUUUAGGCGCUAUUAGUAUUUGGGAUUUGAUUGCCGUAUUACCAACGAAAGGUCCUUUGAGGAUACUAGUAGAAACUGCUCAAGAACGCAAUGAGUCCAUAUUUGCUGCUUUGCUUUAUUCAUCGACUGUGAUGUACACAACGUCAACGACUUACACGGGUUUCGUGCAAGCGGCAACAAUGAAUAGCAACGAUUCCGUUGCUGGGGACGGCACAACAAAUCCUGUACAUGGUCAAGUAGAAAAUCAAAAUAAUCCUACAUCAAGGGAUGCAGAAGAAGGCGGGUUUACUCCUGAGUGGAUUGAAACUCACGUUUCACUUUUAGGCGAUAGAGGUGCAAGAAGGGCGCAAGAAGUGCUCGAUAAUUCUACACCGCAGACAGAAGCGUCGAGGCAACAAGAUAGUCGUGUGGUACGUGAACCACAAGGGUACAUAGUUCCGGUUACCGAGGAAGAACGGGGAUUCAAAUUGGGUCUUGGAGAUUUUAUAUUCUACAGCGUGUUAGUCGGAAAGGCUUCCAGUUAUGGCGACUGGAACACUACCUUGGCUUGUUUCAUUGCUAUUUUAAUUGGUUUGGGUUUGACAACACUCUUGUUGGCCAUAUUUAGGAAAGCAUUGCCAGCUCUGCCAAUUUCUAUCACCUUCGGUUUAACGUUUUACUUUGCAACAAGGGUAAUCGUCGCGCCAUUCGCAGAUAGCUUAGCAAGCGAGCAAGUGUUCAUUUAACGAUAGAAACCUUAUGAAACAUGAGGUAUAAUGUUUGCCUAAGCGGUUCACUAAAACGUACACACCUUACAGCUGCGAGCCACUAGUAACGCUAGCCCAUCCGUCAGGAUAAUUCCUUGGGGUUUAAAAGUCCGUUUAAACACAGCCAUGGGAUAAGUAAUCGUUCACCAUAAUUACAAAUUGGAGAUUUCACUUGAAUAACACCACGAUACGUAUUGCUAUAAGUUUCAUUCGCCAUUUAAUAAUUAAACAACAAGCGAUCGUAAUCCGAAUAUACACUGAUUUUGUUAAUACGUGUUCGAAUGAUUUCGAUUCGUGGCAAAAUGACCUAUCGGCCGUGUACUGCGAAACCAUAAUUUUUUCAAAUUGCACAUUUUGAUAAGCGUAUACACUUCUUCUUUUUUAUUUUUUUUCAUAAAGAUUUUCAUCAUGCCUUAUUCAUUUGUUGUCAAGCAACGUUUAUAUAAUAUAACGGUUAAACAUUUUGCCAAGAAUGACAGAUUAAUAUGAAAGUUUUAUAGCGUCGAUUAACAAGAAUCUCCUCCGGUUUCAUUGCCAAGCACACGUUGUUGUGUUGUAUCACUUGUAAUAUUAUUUUUAACACCGCUAUUCAAUUCUUUUUCUCCCCUUAUUGUUACAAACUUCGUCGCGAUAUACGCAGUGUAUACAUAUACAAUAUAUAUAUUAUAUAUAAAUCCCCGGAACCGGAAGAACUUCAACAGCGAUAUGAUAUCCUUUGCAGUCCGUAAAAUUAUGAAUAAUUCAAUAAGUUUACUAGUAACUACGUACUAAGAGGAAGUUCAUUUUUUUCUCGUUUUUAAUAAUAAUAAUAUAUAUAUAUAUAUAUAUAUUUAGUCGAUUUUCUCAGUCACGACGACGACGACGACGACGGUGUGUAAAAGACGCAGUCCCGACGGAAAAAUAAACGCGAUCAUUUCUGAAAAUCUAAUUAUUAUCACCGAGCACUGAUCAUGCCCGAUUCAUAGAAUAUAUUAUGGUCACCGUGUGGUUGUGCGCACAACGAAUUAUGCGUUGUUUUCCGUGCGUACAUUGUAUAACAAUACUGGUCUAUAAGUGCUUUAUCGUCAACGAUAGAGGCGCGCGCGAAUUUGUAAUCGAAACGAAAUCAACGAGUCUCUUUGAAUAACAAGAAGCAGCAAUUGCGUGUGUACAAUUUGAAAUUACCUUUCUUCUUCGCGACAACAAGGGAGCAAAAACAUCAGUGAAAAAAUACCCACGACCCGUAACAAUUAAUUUAGUCGUACGUUUCGCAAAAUAUUCUUCGGAGACUAGCCGGAUCUUGCGUUUCCCUUAAAAUAUCGAUUCUUCUCGUUUUUGUUUGUUUGUUUGUUUUUUCUCUCCACUAACACUAAGUACAAACAGAUAUUUUCGCGUACACGAUAUACACAUCAUCAGUCUUGUGAAAACAAUAAACUUUUGGAAACGUAUUUUGGUAAAUAUAAAAAAUGAUUAAUCAUAUCGCA